ACCACAGAAGAAAGGAAGCAGGAAAUGUUGCAGGAGGGGCAACAAGCUGUUGGCUCCUUCAAUGCAGAGGAGCAGCUGGGGACUCAGGAUGGAGAAGGUGAUCAGCUGCUUCAGGAGGAGGCCAGAAGCUGUGACCCGCCUCAUCUGCUUCCCCUGGGCAGGGGGGGGCUCCAUCCACUAUGCUCGCUGGGGAAACGUGCUGAACAGCUCUGUGGAAGUGUUUGCCGUCAAACUGCCGGGCAGAGAGAGUCGAGCCAGAGAGCCGUUCCAUGAGAACAUGCAGCAGAUCGUAGACGAGGCCAUUUCUGCUCUGCUGCCGCUGCUCAGGGAGAAACCGUUUGCUCUGUUUGGUCACAGUUUCGGAGCGCUCACAAGCUUUGCGGUUGCAGAAGAUCUGAAGAAGCUUCAUAACCUGGAACCGGUUCAUCUGUUUCUGUCCGGAGCUUCUGCUCCUCAUUCUGAGAUUCGCGCUAAAGCUCCAAAAAGAAACGAGUUGUCGGACGAGCAGUUCCUGCGGUGGUUAACGUCUAUCGGAGGAACUCCUCCAGAGCUCCUGGCGAACCCUGAGGUCCUGAAGCUCUUCCUGCCGGCCCUGAAGGCCGACCUGCACGUGGUGGAGAACUACAGAUGUACCAAACCAGACGCUCCGUUCCUGGCCUGUCCCGUUACCUGCUUCGAUGGGAAGGAGGACGUUCCUCACGACUUACAGGCUUGGAGGAGCAUCACGUCUGGAGAGUUCACCAUCAGGAUGUUUGAAGGCUCUCAUUUCUACCUGAAGGAUGCUGGGAAUGAAAAGAUCCUGUUAGACCACAUCACCAAGGCCUUGGAGACGGCAGAGAUGGAUUAUUUAUGAUUAAAGGGACUCUCUUAAGUAU